AGCGCGCGCCUAACGGAUGUGCUCGCGCCGCUCGUGCGCUUUUUCAGGAAACAUCCGUCUCCAGAAACGAGUUUUUUUUUAAUAAGACCCCGGCGCCGAUUGCUUUCAAUCAGUUUCGACGCGUUUAACCCCCGUGCUGACGUCAGCCAGGCGGUCACGUGGCUAAUUAGAGCAGUAAACGAGCGCUUUAAUUCUCGCGCGCUGUGUUAAAAGUUAAAGAAAGAGUGCUGUGUGUGAUCUGGAUGCUGACUGUUUCUCCUCUCUUUCUUCUGGGAUGUGUUCGGAUGUGGAUGGGCCCCUGGAUGACCGUCUCUGGUGUGACUGGCCAUGACGACAGAUCCAGGCUCGGAGACAGAACCCAGAGCGCAGCGGACAGACGACGAGCGGCGAGCGGCGGGUCAGUCAGAGGUCAGGUCAGCUGGUCAGCAGCAGCACGAGGACGACUACAUUUCCCAGAAGUCUUUGCGCAGCAGACUCUCGUUAGGCAGGACUCAGCGGCUGGAGGUCAUGGAGUGUAAGGUCAAGCUGCUGGACGGCACGGACUACACCUGCACUGUGGAGAAACGAGCGAAAGGUCAGGCUCUGUUCGAUAAGGUUUGUGAUCACCUCAAUCUCCUGGAGAAGGACUACUUUGGUAUAACGUACCGGGAUGCUGAAAACCAGAAGAACUGGCUGGACGCUUCCAAAGAGAUGAAGAAGCAGAUCAGCACCGGGCCGUGGAGCUUCGCGUUCAGCGUCAAGUUUUAUCCUCCGGACCCGGCGCAGCUCUCCGAGGACAUCACCAGGUAUUACCUGUGUCUGCAGCUGAGGGAUGACGUGGUUUCCGGACGCUUGCCGUGUUCUUUCGCCACUCACACGGUGCUGGGCUCCUACACGGUCCAGUCGGAGCUGGGGGACAGUGACCCCGAGCCGCAGGGGCCCGGCUGCAUCGGUGACCUCCGUCUGGCCCCGAACCAGACCAAAGAGCUGGAGGAGAAAGUGCUGGAGCUGCACCGCGGACACAAAGGAAUGACUCCUGCUGAAGCUGACACGCUGUUCCUGGAAAACGCAAAGAAACUCUCCAUGUACGGAGUUGACCUGCAUCGUGCCAAGCUGCUCAGCCGGCUCUUUGAGUGUUUAGCAGCGGUGCAGGAGGAGGACUCGGAGGCUGUGGAGAUCAUGCUGGGAGUGUGUUCCAGCGGUCUCCUCAUCUAUAGAGAUAAACUGCGCAUCAAUCGCUUCGCCUGGCCCAAGAUCCUCAAGAUCUCCUACAAGAGGAACAACUUCUACAUCAAGGUCCGGCCGGGAGAGCUGGAGCAGUUCGAGAGCACCAUCGGAUUCAAGCUGCCCAACCACAAAGCAGCAAAGAGACUCUGGAAAGUGUGUGUGGAGCAUCACACCUUCUUCAGGCUGGUUUCCCCUGAAGCUCCUCCCAAGCGCUUCCUGACGUUGGGCUCAAAGUUCCGCUACAGCGGACGAACACAAGCACAGUCGCGUCGCGCAAGUUCUCAGAUCGCUCGCGCCGCGCCACAGUUCCAGAGACGCCACACCGUCACGGCCAGCAUGGACAGCACGCCCGUUCACCAUGACGACGGGAAAGACGCCAAACCCGCUGUCGCCACGGACGACGUCAUCGCCACGGAGACGCCGGAGAAGAAAGCAGAGGAGAUGAACUCGGUGGAGGAGGAGAAUAAAACCAACAGUGACGAAUCAGAACAAGCCCCGCCCACCUCCGUCACCAAGUCGUGUCCGUACUCCUCGGAUCCGUUGGGGUCCGAGCUCUCCCUCCCGUCUUCUCCCGUCUCGUCCACCAAAGUGCGCCGGAGACGGCGGGAAAGCAGCCGUAAGCGCGCCGCUUCGGUCAGUCCGGCCAAGACCACGGCGGGCUGCCGGCGGCGCCAGGCCCAAGCGGACCGUAAAGCGGCUCUCCUGGAGGAGCAGGCGCUGCUUCUGUCCGCUCGCAAGCAGAGGCUGAGCCAGAGGCGAGGAGGAACGCUCUUCUCCUUCUCCCUGCACCUCCCCGACCUGCCGUCGCUGCUGGACGAGGACGGGUACCUGAGCUUCCCGGACCUCACCGAGCUGCGCUUCCUGCCCGAGAGCCUGCAUCACUUCAUGCCCAUCAAAUCUCCCUCGCUCAUCCCCUGCUUCCUCUUCAUCUUCUUCUUCCUGCUGUCCACGUCUUUCUCGGUGCCGUACGCUCUGACGCUCUCCUUCCCGCUGGCGCUGUGUCUCUGUUAUCUGGAGCCCAGAGCGGCGUCGCUCGGCUCGUCUCUGGCGCAGGGCUUCCAGGACACUUCAGACGACGAGACAGACAGCGAUCAAACCGACUUCACUUGUGACGAAGACACAUCGGCGACGGAGUCUGACUUUGAGGACAGCUUUGACAUGAAGACGCAGAUGUCAGAAGAGGUUAAAGCUGAAGCUGAAGAUGUCCCAGUGAAGCCGGAUCAUGAGCAGUCAGAGGAAGCGGUUCAAGAUGUUCCUGUGGUUCACACCGAGACCAAGACCAUCACAUACGAGUCUUCAGAGGUUGAUGCCGAUGGCGACUCCGAUCCAGGCGUCUUCAUGAGCGCUCAGACCAUCACCUCAGAGAACAACAGCAGCACCGUCACGACACACAUCACCAAGACGGUGAAGGACGGAGUUUCAGAGACUCGCAUCGAGAAGAGGAUCGUCAUCACCGGAGACACAGACAUCGACCACGAUCAGGCUCUGGCUCAGGCCAUUAAAGAGGCUAAAGAGCAGCACCCAGACAUGUCGGUCACUAAAGUAGUGGUUCACAAAGAGAGCGAGAUCUCUCCGUCUGACGGUGACGCGUGACUCCGGAAGGAAUAAGAUCCAAACGUCCCCUUGAACUCAUCGGCCGAGACCAGCACGCGACCUCUGACCUCUGACCCAACCCUCGCUGACACGAUGGACUCAAAAACCAAAAAAAAGGGGAAAAUGAAAUGUCCAGGAAAAAAAAUCUCUGCCUUAAAAAAAAAAAAAAAAAAAAAAAAAUUCUUCAAAUGAUUCAGAAUAGUAAUUCAUGCCACUUGAGUUUAUUUGUAGUGAAUCUCCCAGAAACACGUUUCCUUGAAGUGUAUUUUAUCUCCCAGACGUUGCUGUGCUUUUCCUGUGUUUUAUGCAAAAACGAGCGACGAGGAGAAAAAGCUGUUUUUAAGGGCUUUUGGUGACUUUGUGAAGCAGCGGUCAGCAGGAAUCCCUCCGCCUGACCUUUGACCUUUCCCUGUAUUUGUCCGGUGUUUUUAGAGCGUGACGAGAAACAGAGAUACAGGCGAUCCUUGUGAUUUUUCUUUUGAGUUUUUAUUUUGGAAUAAAAUACAGUUGAAAUGGAUGCGUUUGUGUUCCUUUGAGAAUCAUGCGGCUGCAUCCAUAGAGAGAGAUAUAUAUAGAAAUAAUCUUUUAUGAGCAGAUGCAGCUCUUUUUAAUAUUUCAGAGAUGUUUUUUGCUGUAAUAAAGCUGCUGGUUAUUAAGCCUUUUAUUCACAGAAACUAGCGACGUACUAAUUGAAUAUUUUCCCUUUCAGUCAUUUUAGAGCCUGGCCAAACUAUAGACAUCCCUGCUCCUUCUAGACACGCCCUUAUAUUUUUAAGAGUUUAUUUCCAUGGCUUUUUCAUAUAUCUAUAAAUCAUACUUUUUAUAAUUCUCUCCUAAAUUCAUGUUUUCCAGGAACGUGAGCGUCCUGCUUCUGAAAUAAAGACUUAUUGAAUUGAA